AUGCAGUCCAUCAUCUACGGUAAACCGAUACUGCACAACGUUCUGACGCUGAAGUCGCUCAUUGCGAACAUCCAGAUAUACACAGCCGAGCAGACCUACUCAGCCAACUCGGACGAGAUACGGUAUGAGGAAACAUUGCAAGCAAUAGACUUGAUAAAAGAGAGUAUGUCACAGAUUGACGCCGCAAAAACGACCUUGCAAGCGCUAAUCGAGCAAAUGAAAGAAAGCUACGACAGCACCAAGAGCAAGGAAGACAAAAAGAUCCUUUUCAAGACAAAGAUCGAGGAAGAGUCUCACUUCAAUGACGUGAUUAAAGAGGCCACCGAUCUUCACUUCAUGUUGGGAACACGCCUAACUGAGGCCAUCAGCAACGGAAAAAGGCUGGAGCGUAAACUGGGCAUCUACGGCAAAACAGGACCACAUACGGCGCGGCCCACGAAUGACAUCCACGAAGGGCCUCCAGGUUUGGAUAUCGAAAACGAAGCAUCCAGACAGCCUCCUUUCACUGCUCCCUCAAUCGCACCACCUAGAGUAAGUGUGCCAGUCUUUACUGGGAGGGAAGAAGAGUUCCCAGAGUCCUGGGCUGUCUAUGAACAACUCGUACACAACAACCCGACACUCAGCGCAACCGAAAAAAUGCUAUUGCUAAAAGAAAGCCUUCAAGGCAAAUCGGACAAGUCAAUUCGAGGUAUACAGUUGAUCCCUCAGAACCACGAAAGGAUGAUCAAAACGCUACACAAGAAAUAUGGCAAAAAGCCCGCCAACAGGACCCGUAUAGUACAACAACUGAAUGAGCUACCACGAGCCUCCAGAACAGCGGAAAGCUGUGAGAAGGUGUUUGACGACAUAUGCAUGCUUUUAAAUCAGAUGUUCUCUACAGGACAGAAUAUACGAGUUUGCAAAGACGCCUUAUGGACAGAGGCGAUACUAAGCAAAUUCCCUAAAGAUAUUGUAGAGCCGGUACUACUUAAAAUGCGAGAACACGAUGAUCUCACAGUGGAUUCCAUUUUGGACUUCAUCAGUGGCGAGAUAUCCGCCAAGGCGUACAUGCAGUCAAGACUCCGACCCUAUGAUCCAGCAAACCGAGAGAGUGCGAAUCGCACAACACAACUCUGCGUAAUUUGCGAAACUAGUAGCCAUUUCACGUGGCAAUGCCAAUCUAAGCUGCCCGUAAGCAAGAAACGAGACAUCGUGGCUAGAAAGCGCCUCUGCUGGAAAUGCUACUCGCCAAAACACACAAGUUCCCAGUGCUCAAGAAAUAAUUGCCGUUUGUGUGGAAGGAUGCAACAUAUCAAGCUGUGUUUCUCGACCGAAAACGCAGCCGAGCAUGGUACCUCAGAGCACAACACACCUUCGGCCAGCGAAGCAGAACAGCGUGGCUAA